GCUCCGUGAGGACGGUGUGGUGAGGGGCGGCCGAGGGUCCCAGGUACGGCCCCGACCCCGAGCCCGGCAGCCCGGCCCGAGCCCGGCUUGGUGCCCCCAGCCCGACCCCGGGCUCCUUCCCCUGCAGCCCCCCGCCCCCCUCCCGGGGCCGGGAUGUCGCGGGAGGAGCCUGAGGGUCCCGAGCCGGAGGCGGCGGCGGGCGGGAGCCCCUUCCCGGCCGAACUGGGUGGGGACGAGCCCCGCGGCGAGGAGCCGGACAGGCCGUGCGCGGAGCCAGCACUGGGUCCCCGCUCCUCCCUGUACUUCGCCUCGCUGGACGCCGCCGUGGAGGGGCUGCAGCAGCGGGUGCACGACGUCCUCGGCCGCCUCAACGGCGGCCGCGAGGAAGCGCACACGGAGCUGAGCGGCGUCAGGGACAGCCUGCUGCUGAAGGUCUCGGAGCUGGCGGAGCAGCUGGAGGAGCGGCUCUUCCACCGCUACGGCUUCCACAACGGGCUGAUCCAGGAGCGGCUGCAGGCGCUCAGCGAGGUGUUGGAGCGCGUGGAGGGCGUGCAGGCCGAGCUGCGCCGCAUCUGCUGCGCCGUGGAGGCGGCUUAUCAGGACCUCUGCCCGCAGCCCGAGGGCUGAGGGCACCCCCAGACCUGAGCGGGACCCCCCAAACCCACGGCACCGUGCGGCUGUGCCGGGCCAAAGGGGGAUUUUGGCCCCAAAGCGCUUUGCUGUUGCUGUUGGUGGUUGGAACAAAUAAAGGGCUGAAGCCGACCCAAAAGCUGGGUGGGGGGGGGGG